AUGCUUCUCCCCACAAACCCACAGGAAUAUUCAUUGCCUUAUACACCACAGUAUGCACAAUGCAAAGAUCCCAGCACUCAAUUCUAUGAAGAAGAACUUAAUAAAUGUUGCAGCCAGUGCCCUCCAGGUCAAUAUAAGACUGAGAGCUGCAGUCACAGGGUGGACACAAAGUGCAGUCCCUGUAGAGCUAACACGUAUACAGCAAUCUGGAAUCGGUCUCCUCAGUGCUUUGCCUGCUCACCACCCUGCAGGAAAGGAUUUGUGCAGAAUCAAACAUGCACUAAGUCACAGGACAGAAUCUGUAGCUGCCCACCCAAUGAGUACUGCAUUUCGAAAAUAUACGAGUACUGCAAAAUAUGUAAAGUGCAUAAAAAAUGUGGAAAAGGUUACCGUGUUUCCAGAAAAGGGACAGAUAGCGCAGAUACAGAAUGUAAACCUUGUCCUCCUGGCACUUUUUCACAUGAGGAAUCUUAUGAUACCAGCUGUAUACCACAUACAGUUUGUAAAUCAGUGGCUAUUCCUGGUAACAGCAUAAACGACACUGUUUGCAGUGACUCAGGAACAGCAGCUGCCACAGUUCUACCUCAUACGAUUUUGAACCUGCUCCUGACCCAAAGCUCGGCUUCCAACAAACCUGAAAUAAUAACUCGACCUGUCAUUUUAAACUCUGUGCCUGACAUGUCUUACAUCAUUGCAUCAGUAGCAGGACCAUUGUUAUUUGUCCUGAUAAUCGCUAUUUUGGGGUAUUGCUUAGUCUCCAAAAAAAAAGCCCUUGUAUAUUCUCCACCGACUACAGAAGCAGAUUCGCCCUUUAAACCUACAGAAAAACAGUGUGACAAAAAAGUAAGAAAUACAGGAUCGCAAAACUCCAGCAGUUCUGAACAGGAGGAACAGCGUCUCUUGGAAACUUCCGGGUCCAGCAGUAGCUCCCUGAGUAAUCCAACUGGGUCUGCAAGAGUCAAUGUAGUAACAAAGCAACGUUCAGCUGCAGAAGGUUGUAAGCUUCACAGCGGAGAAAGACACAACUCUGCGAGUUCAGAACAUUCCGGUAAUGGAGGAACGCAGGUCAAUGUGACUUGUAUUGUUAAAGUCUGUAGUCCAGACUGCAGUUCCCAGUUCCCAGAACAGACUAGUUCAACUAGCAUGGAUUAUGGAAACGCUCCCUAUUAUUCCCCAACAGGGGAAGAAAUUCCCCUUUCCAAAGAAGAAAACCCCUUGAAAAAAGAAACUGAAAUUCAGAUCUCAGUGGAAAACGAGGACAAUUUACUUCAAGACUUACUUCCAGAAGAAAAGAAGUUUCCUCUGGGUAUUCAAGAUGCGGGGAUGAAAACCAGUUAAAGGAAAUUACAGAUUGUAUACUGAUUGACUGAUAACAUUAAUCAAACAACCCCUUAUCUUCUAAAAUAAACAUUAUGUUAAAUGUAGCAUUCCUAGAGAGACUUGAAAUUUCAGACAAAUACAGACACUGAUGCUUUUGAGGUUUUUCAUCUCUUUUGUCAGCUUUGAGAGUUGAAAGAUGAUCUUUGCAGUUCAAAAAAAUUUGAAUGCUUUUUCUUUUAAACUGAACGGCCAACUCCUCCCUUUCUUCUGUGAUACCUUAGAGAGACCUUUACCAGAUUUGAAAAGGAACAUUUUUCUAACUUUAUGCCAUUGAUUUUUCUGCUGAGACUUCUUGUGAUGACAGUGUGGGUUCAGGUAUGCCACCUGUCAAGAACAUGGCUGUGACCAGCACUUCUAAGAGACUGGAGUUAAAUUAUCAUUCACUCAAUGCUAAUGAAUUAUCCAUUUGAUUUUAAUUUUAAAGCUAUUGCAUUCAAUUUCCUAUCCCAUAUCCUCAUGGACAUACUUUCCCUCAUCCUCCUGGAUAUUUCUUUUAUUAUUAUAGUUUGCUUUCGCUCAUUAUUGGACCAAACUUCUCAAAUCAACCUUAAGUAGAUCAAGGAGUGAAAUCUUUUACAGGAGCCUUUUUACUAGAUUACAACCGUUAUGUCUAAACAGUAGCAUUUCAUUAGCUGUACAUAGUUCAUUUCAUUUUAGAAAAGAAAAUCUAGAUUAAAUAGUUGUUAUCUUGGAGUAGGAAGUAAGUUCCUUUUAUUGACAGUUCUAAAGUUUGUCAUCUUUGUGUCCUGGCUGAUUUAAAUACGGUUCCCUGUUUGAUUCUGACCUAAUUUUUGAGGUUGACCAUAAACCCAAAAUAUUUUUCCCUACGUUCCAGUGAAUAUUAGAGAAGAUCCAUGCGAAUAUGUAUGCCAGAUAGCUCACAUGCAUUGACCUCAGGAAAAGGGCUAUCUUUUGAUGAUUGCAUAGCAUAAUCUGUAAAAAGUGGAAUUGACUCAAACCUCAGAACCAGAAAAUCCUGUUCUUCACUUCUUGCUUGACGCUGAAGAUCCAACCACCUCUUACAGAAAAUUAGUAGAGGUUCUCCUUGAAUCAAGUGGGAGUCUUUUUGGUUUUGGAAGUCGAUUUUUAGGAUCCCAUUUCCCA